AUGGCUGCUCCGAUCCAGGCGAAGAGCUUCGCCAAGAGCUUCAGCAGGCUUCCGCGGCUGCCCGGCAUGCGGAGGGCGAAGCGCAACGUUGGCGCCGGGCCCGAUCUCCUGCGCGGCAAGGCCGAACCGAUGGUCGACGAUCCCUUGCAGCAGCUGAAGGUCACACUGGAACGGAAGCGCACGGAAGUGGGCUUGAUCAGGCUUCGGGCUGUCAGCGCGGACCAAUGGCCCGAGGCGCUUUGCAAGCUGAAGCGUCUCCUCGGAGCUUUCCUUGACGAGAGCCUGCUGCGGGAUGUCUUGCUCCGGUGGUUUCACAUCGCGCACUGGGACUCCCGGAGGCGCGCGCCUCCUGAUGGCGUCGGGCAGGAGGCAGACACUCUGGACGAGGAAAGUGCCGCUACGCCGCUUGCAAAGAUAGAGGUCGCGCCUCAAGCGCUGUUUGCCGGCCAGGAGUCGCUGAAUGGAUCUCGCGUGACUUUGGUCGCAUCAGUGGACUCCCAGGUUUGGAGGAGCGAGGGCGGGAUUGUGAGCCACGGAAAGUCUGUAUGGCCUGCCUCGAGCCACUUCACCUUCGAGGUCUUCUCCUGGAAGUCGGCUCUUGAAGUCCAGGUGUUGGCCUCCAGCCCCACGGAAUUGGCAGAAGUUGGCAGCAGCCGACUCGAGGUUCUCGCCCUGAUCCCCAACCGCUGGCAUCGCUUGAAGGAGACGCUUUGGGGAGGCACGUCUCGUCCACAGAUUGAAGUCGGCAUUUACGUCUCCAUCGAACCACCCUCCAGUCGACCCGGAGCGGAAGCCCUUGGCGAAGUCCAGGCAGUCGAAGCUGACAGCAUGCCACAGCCGACACACAGGGAGCUGCAGAAGAUGAAGCUUCAGGAGCUCCUCCAUGAUCCAGAAGAGAGACCGGCAGGAAAGGAAACGAAACAACAUCGGGACGGCAAAAGCCAGCGAGAGCUACAGCGCGAGGAGCUUGAGCGGCUGCUUUCCGACGGCGGGCCCCCGACCGAGGAGCAGAGGAAGAAGGACCGCAUCAGACUGCUGGAAGCCAAGAUUGCAGAGAUGCAGGCCGAGCUUGAAGCGGAGCGCUCCGCCGAACGAGCGAAGUCUGACGUGCGGCAGAAGCGCGACCAGCGCCGCAGCUGA